UGACGCAGGACGUAAAGACAGAACCUUGACAUCAGGCUUUUAGGGAAAAUAGCUCCAGACGCCUCAAACUAUUCAAUCUCUUCUCAAGGACAGACUUACUAUGAUUAGAAGAUAUUGAAUUCUACAUUUAUGCUCCAAGGGUUGCAUAGAACAUAUAUAACAGAGUAAAUAAAACAAGAGAGAAAUGUUUUCUCUAUUUUAUGGACUGUGGAAGUAUGCCUUCAGCAAGACAGAGUUUCAUGUUCUCAUUCUCGGAAUCGACAAGGCUGGAAAAACGACAGUACUGGAGAAAUUGAAGUCACAAUAUUGUAAUGUGGAAGGGCUUCCUGCUGAUCGAAUUGUUCCAACUGUAGGACUCAACAUUGGUCGAGUUGAAUUGUCAAACACAAAACUUAUAUUCUGGGACCUGGGAGGUCAGCCUGGACUUCGCUCAAUUUGGGAGAAAUAUUAUGAAGAGGCACAUGCGGUGAUUUAUGUAGUUGAUGCGGCUAGCCCUUCUCGUUUUGAAGAUUCAAAAUCUGCACUCGAGAAGGUUCUUCAGCAUGAGGAUUUGCAAGGAGCCCCACUUUUGAUAAUAGCAAACAAACAGGAUCGUGCAGAAGCUGCAUCCGCAGAAGAACUUUCUCGGUAUCUGGACCUCAAAAAAUUGGAUGAGAGACUUUACACAUUUCAAGCUGUUUCAGCAAUUGAUGGGUAAGUAAAAAACCUCUUGAUUCUGAUUAUUAGUGGAGUAUUUUUAAUGACCUAUGACUUCUGAUGUUGAAAUAGUUUGAAUCUUAAAAAUAAUCUGGAAUUCAUUAUGCUUUAGACCUUUUUUUUUUUUUUUUUUUUUU